AAUGCUCUUAACUGAAAGUAUCAAGAGAGGGAAAUCAGGCUUUUCCUAAAAUAUGGCCUAAAUGUUGUUGCACGUCAACUGAAGACAACCCAGAUGAUUUACUAAAAUUUGAAAAGCAAAGGAAUACAAACACAUUACAUACAAAUAGUGAAGGGGGUCCUAAAUUACCACUGCAUUCUUCCUUUGCCUUGACAAGGAAACGUAGGGGAAUUAUCUUACUCUGUCCAACGCUUUGCUAGCUAACUAGAUAUUAUGAAACAGUACAACUUUGACAAAAAGUUCUUCUAAUAGAUAUAGGCUCUAUUUUUUCUGAAGUCCAGAACCUAUGGGCCACAAAAUGAAAACUGUUAGGACUACAGCCGCCUGAUAUCAUAAUUCGUUCAUCAGAGAUCCCUCUGGUUAGAUUAACCAAUUGAUUACAUAGAGAAUUCAAGUAUUCAAAAAGAAGAAAAAAUCAAUUAUAUGACCUUGAAAUUCACUAUAUUGUCUAAAGUUCCUAAAUUCAUCAGCAAAUCUGAUACGUGUUGUUGUUCACACUCCCAUCUCAGAUUAACCUAUUGGUUACAUAGAGAAUAGAAGUAUUCAAACACAAGAAAGGAUACCCGGAGGAUUGCAGGAGGUCACCGGGAGCUAGAUGACGAGGCUGAGUUCGUCGGAAGGAGCUGGAGAUUGUCGGGCAGAGGUGGACGUAGAGCUCUUCCGGGAGGCGGGGUUUGGCGACGCGGCCGGCGAGGCAGCUCCGAGGCGUGUUUCCGGUCAGCGGCGGCGGGCUGGACCUGGUGCUGGACGGCUCUGGACAGAGGGGAUCGGCCGAUAGAAGAGAACCACUGAAAGAGGGGCAGGGCUGUAAGGAUCUAUGUGUAAAAAUGUUAUUUUUGGGGGGCAAAACUGGAGAACCUGUGCGCCGCUUUAAGCCUUGGCCUUCGUCUUCACCUCACCGCUCUCGGCCUCUUUCUCCUGUGGCUAUGCUGAUCUAGGGUUUAGUCUUCUGGCUCUAGGGUUUAGGAUUGGGUAGAGCCGAGCUCCCCUCCCGAUCCUCUCCCAUGGCGUCGUCACACCGAGUAAGGGUUGGGACCCUGGUUCCCUUUGCUCAAGGCAAAUCUGGGCCAUCGAAUGCCUCACUGCUAAGCAUUCCCAUCUUUGAGGGUUCCAAUGUCGUUGGGAGGAGUAAUUUGGUGGUUGUCGACAAGAGGGUCAGCCGCAAGCAUUUGAGUCUGCGCGCCUUCGCGGAUGGCUCCGUCGAAGUUGUCGUGGAGGGGCCAAAUCCCAUUGUUGUCCGGUCAGAGGGGCAGGCGAGAAAGGUUUGUGCUCAGGGUAGAGCCAAGAUUGUCUAUGACGAUGUCCUAGAGCUUAUUCCCGGUGAUUAUAUUAUGAAGUAUGUGCCUAUGAGUGAUGAGCGUAAAAGCUCCGCUUCAGUGGAUUCGAAUGACUUAAAGAAGGGAAUGACUUCAAUGGGUUGA